UCCUCCUCAUUCAUCCAGAAUUCUCCAUCGCCGCUCCUUCGCUCAAAACAUGUCGUACUCUAAAGUUAUAUCCAGAGUUAAACCGGCUCAUUUAUUCGGUGUGAGGCUUCGCUCCACAGUCGCAUCAACCCAGCACAAAGAGCUGAAGACGGAGGAAGCGCCUCUAGAGCAGUCCUGCGCCAUCCUGGAGAGCCCGUGCGAUGUGGAUCUGAUCGGCGGGAAGAAGGCGCACAUCGGCGGCCAGAGGAUCUCCAUCGACUUCGACAACACACGAGAAGCCUACAGAAGCAAACACACACUGGAGCUGCUCAGGAGUCUGCUGGUCUUCAAACUCUGCACAUUUGACUUCCUGGUCGAUAAAAAUAAAGAGCUGAUUGACCUCAGCAAGAAGAUUCUCGGCCAGCGGCUCUUUGAGAAGCUGAUGAAAAUGACUUUCUACGGUCAGUUUGUGGCGGGCGAGGACCAGAACUCCAUCAAACCUCUGAUCGAGAAGAAUCAGGCGUUUGGUGUGGGUUCGGUUUUAGACUACAGCGUCGAGGAGGAUCUGACGCAAGAAGAGGCCGAGAAGAAGGAGAUGGAUUCCUGUGUUUCUGAGGCUGAGAAAGAGAGCCAUGUGGACACACGUGCAUGUUCACCUCAGGACCCGCAGUGUAUGGAUCACCGAGAGAAGAAAUACAAGGCUCACCGUCAGUUUGGAGACCGGCGCGGAGGAGUGAUCAGCGCUCGCACGUAUUUCUACGCAGAUGAAGCCAAGUGUGACCAUCACAUGGAGACCUUCAUAAACUGCAUCAAAGCCUCGGCUGGAAGUUCUGUGGAUGGAUUCUCUGCCAUUAAGAUGACUGCCCUCGGACGGCCGCAGUUCCUGCUGCAGUUUUCUGAGGUGUUGGUGAAAUGGAGGAGGUUUUUCACUCUGCUGGCGGCUCAUCAGGGUAAAGACGGGAUGGCCGUUCUGGAGCAGAAGCUGGAGCUCCAACAACUGCAGGACAGUUUGAUCAAACUGGGGGUUGGCGCUAAAUCAGACAUUGAGAACUGGUUUACAGGAGAGGAACUGGGCUCAUCUGGAACCAUUGACCUGCUGGACUGGAACAGUCUGAUCAAUGACAGAACCAAGAUUUCCAACCUGCUGGUGGUGCCUAACAUGGAGAGUGGCCAUCUGGAGCCUCUGCUGAGUAAAUUUACUGAUGAAGAGGAGAAGCAGAUGAAGCGGAUGCUGCAGAGGAUGGACGUCCUGGCCAAGCAUGCUGUGGAGAACGGUGUAAGGUUGAUGGUGGAUGCAGAACAGACGUAUUUCCAGCCGGCCAUCAGCAGACUCACACUGGAGAUGCAGAGGAUCUUCAACAGAGAGAAACCACACAUCUUUAACACCUACCAGUGCUACCUGAGAGAGGCGUAUGAUAACGUGUCUGUGGACGUGGAACUGUCGCGACGCGAGGGCUGGUAUUUCGGCGCUAAGCUGGUCAGAGGAGCAUACAUGUGUCAGGAGAGAUCCAGAGCGGAGGAGAUCGGCUACGAAGACCCCAUCAACCCUGACUACGAGGCCACCAACAACAUGUACCACAAGUGUCUGGAGUACAUUCUGGAGGAGAUCAAUCACAACCGGAUGGCAAACGUCAUGGUGGCGUCUCACAAUGAGGACACAGUCAAAUUCACACUGGAGAAGAUGAACGAGAUGAAUCUCUCUCCCACUGAGAAUAAGGUUUACUUUGGGCAGCUGCUGGGAAUGUGUGACCAGAUCAGUUUCCCUCUUGGUCAGGCUGGUUUUCCGGUGUACAAGUAUGUGCCGUACGGGCCGGUGAAUGAGGUGAUCCCGUACCUGUCCCGCCGCGCACAGGAGAACCGUGGAUUCAUGAAGGGCUCGCAGAGAGAACGAAGCCUGCUGUGGAAGGAGAUCAAGCGCAGACUCUUCAGCGGACAGCUGCUAUACACACCUGUGUACUGAACCACACACACACAUGAACAUCAGACUCCUAUACUCACACACAUGAACAUCAGACUCCUAUACACACCUGUGUACUGAAAUACACACACACACACACACAUGAAUGGACAUAAAACUGCCUUACACACCUGUGUACUGAAACACACAGACACACACGAAUGAACACAGCUGUUCACUGAACACACACGUACACAAAUGAGCAUCAGACUGCUUUAUAGACAUGUGUACUGAAAAACACACACAAGUGAACAGAUCUGUAUACUGAAACACACACAUGUUGGUAUUGGUGGUUUAUGAGGACUCUCCAUAGGCUUAAUGUAUUUCAUACUGUUAAAAUGCUGAUUAUAUGGCCCUACUCCUAAACCCAUCCCUUACAGGAAACCUGUGUAAACCACCAAAACAAGUACACACACACACACACGAACAUCUGCUGUAUUUAUAACAUGGAUACUUUGCCUUCCUAGAGCACAAGCAUGUGGGAGAAGUCAACACAAAAUAGACAAUUUAUAAGUGUCUGCGUUGCGUCAGUGGCUGUAAAUGAACUAGAGCUAAAGACAACAUGAAAUCGAAUUCGUAACGUAUUUUAGUUCUUACUAUGGUGUGACGAGGACAAUUCAGUGUGAAAUUGUACUGGAAAAUAUCCACAAAAAAGGCAAACGUAAAUUUUUAUUUCAUUUAAUAUAACCAAUUAUCUAAUGAAAAAGGACUGUUAAAAUUGAUUUAGUUUCACGUACAUGAUACCUUUUAAAUGCUGAAAAUCAAAAACGAUACAGAUAUUUAUCUUGUUUUUAUUUAUUUUUAUUUAUUUAGCCUUCAUGCAAUGAAACCCAAACAUUUGAAAAAAGCAAUGAAUAUUUAUUCUAUUAUUUUACUUUACUUGAUUAUCUGAUGAAAAGCAAAAGAUUUUAACUAUAUUCCUAAUAACCCAUCAUCGGAAGAAAACUAAUAUUUAAAGAAAUUCCCAUUUGAUAUUUUAGAUAUUUCAGUAUGUAUUUCGAUGUAUGUAUAGUAUAUAAAAUACAUUUACAAAUAAUGUAUAUGUAAAGAAAUACAAAUACAUCGCGAGUGGCAUUCGAUAGUUGAUAUAGUUACAGAAGAUGACUUUGGAUGGGGCAUGUUAAGUUAUGAACAGAUUAGACACGUCAGAUCCAGAGAAAGUCUGAGAAAGUUUUACAGCUGAAAAUAAGAAGAGUUUUGCUUUCAUGUUGUCUUUAAAUCCGCUCUAAAUCAUUCCACUGUAACUCCGACUCACUGGGCCAUUUCUUAUGUUUGUAUUAUUAUAUUACUAUGCAACUCUUACUGCGUUACAGCAUUCAGAUUAUUGAAUACUGUCCCAGACACACAAGUGCUGCUGUGUCAAAUUACUAAUAUCAGUUUCCAUUUUUAAUCACCAAAAAUAUCUGUAUUUAUUUCUGAGAUAACAAUGCAAAAAGGUAACAUAUUACUGGUUAAAACCUCACUGCAUGAUACUUUUGCAUUUUGUUUAUAUAUACACACACACAUACACACACACACA